UGCACGACAUGCACUACGUGCUCGAUGUGAUUGAAUUCGUCGUCUAAAAUCGUCGCUUGGUUUUAUGCUAAUCUGAUCGCCGCUAAUAGUAAUCACAUCAUUUUACACUCAGCUAACAGCAGUUUUGUCAAACUGAUACGUUCCACUAGAAUACAUAUGAUAAUAUAUCAGCGUAAGCGGGAACUUAAUACUUGCUUAGAUCGUCAUACUUUUGGCAACAUUGCUGUUUAUGUGAGCGGCGAGUAUAUUUUGGUUGCACUUUCGGACGUUAUUCAAUUGCCGCACCGUAUGAUCGAACAUUUCUGACAUCCUCAAAGUCACCGUCAAUAAUAUCUUUAUGCAUAUGCUUUACCCGUGAUCCGCUAUUUCCGGUGGUCGUCUACGACGCUAUUCGGCCGUUGAUUCUGAUAGUCGCUAUAUUUACCUGAUCAUUACAUGACGAAGUUUUUGUUGUGUCUCAACCGUUCCAUUGGGCAUACUCUACUCAGCUGGCGACUCCCAAACACAGCCGCAUCAUCGAUACUCUGAUAACUUGUCCAACUAGAGUACAGCUGGCGAAAGCGAUGCGGUCUAAUUACAAAUGGUCAAACUGCAAAAAUUCUUAUCUUCGCGUUUCAGCGCCAUUUGUCAUUGCAGUGUCCAACUAGAGUAGAACGAUAGCGAGUAGACACCACGCACAAUCACACAACGCACUGGACGUCCGUUGCUGAUCAUCACCGAGCGGAAUAUUCAAUCUUUUUAAUAAAACCAUGGAUUUUAACGGCACUGGCCGUUAAGGAGAAACUACGAAUCCCCUGAUUCAUUAUAUCCAACUUUACGAAAGGAAGUUUUAUUAAUAUUAUUUAUUGCUUUUGGACUUGUAAAUAUCCCGAUGUCGCAAAAAAAGGAUAAAGAAACCUUGACGGUUUUUGAAGGACAAGUUAAAGACAUCAGGGUUCAGUUGAUUGAUCAGCUGAAAUGUUUGGAUCAGCGAAUCGAACAGCAGGCGUCCAUUGUGGGCGAGCUGCAGGACUUCUUCAAGAGAAAGGCCGACGUGGAGAGCGAAUAUGCCAAGAACCUGGACCGUCUGGCCAAGAACCUGUUGCAGAAGCAAAAGGCGGAAAAACAAAGGCGCGAGUGUUGGUCGCAGUGUUCGGUGUUUUCGUUAUAUCAGACCCUUAUCCAAGUUACGCGGAAGCAGAGCCGUGAUCAUGCUGUUCUUGGCGAACUAUACGCCAACAAUCUAUCCAACCGGCUACUGCAAACGAGCGACGAUCUAACCAGAAUCUACCGCCGCUGUCGAGAAAUUGGAGUGGAAAGUCACGAAGAGCUAUUUAAAGUCCAUAAUGAACUGCAUACAGCAUUGAAGACAUACUUUUUAUGCUUGAACGACUGCCGACAAACUGAAACAAAGUAUCGGAUUGCUGAGGAGCAGCGGUUGAAGAUUAAAAAUUCUAUACCGGAAGAAAAGCAAUCACGAAAUCGCAAGCUGAAAGUGUGGACCAAAGAAACCGCUAAAAAGCAGACCAAGUUUGAAGAGGCAAAGGCCAAACUUUUGAAAGCACGCAACGAGUAUCUUUUGAGCCUGAACUCAGCCAAUGCGGCAUUGCACAAAUAUUUUGCUGAAGAUCUGCCUGAACUGAUGGAUUGCAUGGAUUUCGGACUGCAUCGAUCGGUAGCCAGUGCCUUAAAGAUUCAUCAGCAGGCUACGGAGCAGAUGGAGAUGCGUAAUAAGCAAUAUGAACUGGAAAUCAAACACUGCAUUGAUAACUUUGAUUCCCGUGCGGAUAAACAGAAGUUUAUUGAGAACAAUCACACCGUCUUUAUGCUGCCAAGGAAGUUUGAUUUCCAUUCACAAAUUGGUGAUGAGAUUCGCGAAGUAACCAACGAUCCCCUCAUACAGGAUGAGCUUAUCCAGCGUUUCAUGCAGCUGACACAGCGCAUUACUGGUCUGAGGACAGAGAACGAGGAGAUCUGGAAAACUCUGGAUACUGCUGAGCGGACAUUGAUUGGCAUGAUUGAUCUGGUCGAUUGUGAUGUGGAAGCCGUCUACGCGGCUAAUGGUCCGGCAUCGUUCAGCGAUGAGCGGCGACUGUAUGAAUCAGUGAGCAACGGCAGUCCAGCGCCGGGCACACCGAUUGCCAAGCUGCCGGAAACGGCUGUGAUCAAAAAGAAAGCAGAUAAAGCGGAAACUGAACAGUUUUAUCUGUCGAAAUUUCAAGAAUUCAUGCUCAAUAGCAACCUCAUAACACGCCUGCAAGCCAAGCAGAAACUGCUGCAGAAUGCGCUAGGAAAUGACAUUCUUAAUGGGAAAACGGGGGCAUUGGUGGCCCGACACUCGACUUUGCCGCCCAAACCCCGACGUCGGCGCAUUGCUCAACUAGGCUCGGCCAGCCAGCGACCAAAAUUAUUUGGCGGUAGUUUGGAAGAGUACAUUGAGGCCACCGGACAAGAGAUCCCUGUGAUCAUUCGCAGCUGUAUCCGCGUCAUCCGUCAAUAUGGAUUGCACCAUCAAGGCAUCUUUAGGGUAUCUGGGUCACAAGUUGAAAUUAACAAUUUCCGUGAUGCAUUCGAGCGAGGCGAGGAUCCAUUAGCCGACGUUUGUGACGGAAGUGAUAUUAACUCCAUUGCCGGUGUCUUUAAGCUGUAUUUGAGAGAACUUCGCGAGCCGUUAUUUCCGCUGUACAUGUUUGAUCAGCUUAUGGAGAUCAGCAAAUUGGAAGCGAAGGAGGAGUUUGUGAAGCAGAUUCGCGAAUUGUUAAUGAGCUUGCCGCGAUCCGUCUUUAUUGUGAUGAGAUAUUUGAUAGCCUUUUUAAACCACCUGUCGGACUAUAGCGAUGAAAAUAUGAUGGAUCGCUUCAAUCUGGCCAUCUGUUUCGGUCCAACGCUGCUGCCCAUUCCGGAAUCGCGCGAUCAAGUACAAUAUCAGCAGCGUGUCAAUGUGCUGAUCAAGAAUAUCUUUCUCUACCAAGAGGAUAUUUUUCCGCAAAAUUUUGGUGUGGUUUAUGAAAAGUAUGACGUGGAUGUUGGCGAGAUUACCGAGCAUGAUGCUCUGGGAAGCUCAGAAAAUUUGUCCGAUGACGAAACUGAACAAAUCAUGCCCGAUACCAGCGAGGAUGAGGGUGAACAUUAUGAAGCGACUGCUGUUUUCGAUUUUUCUGCCCGAACACUGUCGGAGCUGACUGUUCGCAAAGGUGAUCUGUUGUUGCUGUUGCACCAGAUAAAUCCUGAAUGGUGGAGAGCCAGACUGCUUACCGGCACUAUGGCUGAAGGUCUAAUUCCGGACAAGUACAUCGAAAUCAAACGCAGGAUUUCGGGAUCAUCGGUCAAGAAUGGUUUAACGAACGGCAAAACCGGCCUGCAUUCAUCGCUAACCGGUUCCUUGGAGAGCAGUAGUGCUAGUAGUGGUAGCACAACCACUUCCGGUGAGGAUGCAACAACCGGUUACAGUCUUUCUACCCUGGACCUUUCCCCGCGUAGUAGCCCAGUAAAGCUCAACCAUGAACCCCCGACUAAUGAUAGCGUCAAGUCGAAUCGCGACGCCGAUGGUUCAACAGUAAGCAAAAAUUUGUCCGAGCAGCUGGUGAUCACGGAGAAAACUCCCCGGGAAACCCUGGAAGAAAGGCGCCGGAAGAACAUCGAGUAUUGUCGCCACCUGAGCGCCGAUGCGGCUUAUCCCGUGCAAACUACUCCUAUCCCCCCGUCACCCCGCUCGCCGCGUCCGUUGACCUCGCCCAUACCCAAAGAUGUACCCCGCUAUUAUUUUGGCGGCGAUUCAUCGUCGCCCCAUUCAGCGAACCGGAAGUUGGAAGCGGGCAUGGUCGUUUCUUUGUAUGAGCCCAUAACGUUGAGACGCGAGAAAUCCUGUGGAGAUAAUGUGGGUACACCUGAUCUCGUGAUGAAUCUGCCUAUCAAGUCUUCCAGCCCGUCGUAUUUGACGGGUUGCACAUCGGACAACAGUCCCGAUACGACGGCUGCUGAACGGUUUGCGCGAUCGAAUCAAGGGACUAUGAAAAAAGGCGAAACGAAGCUGGGAAUCGCUGUAGAAGAGAUCAAGUCAGCAAAGGCACCUGGAAGUCCGAGCUUGAAUAAUUUUUCCUUGCAUUCGUACGAGGAACGCGCUCCUAUCACGCCCAGACACGAGAAAACCUAUUCGGAUCCAUCGGCGUCUAUUGAUGAGCUUCUAGAGAGUUUGAAAGCUGUGGCAUCGCCCCGGCUGACUGGGGCGGAUGUGAUAAGACCCACAGUGGCUCCCAAACCUCAAUUCAAAAGCAAACCGACGGUUGCGCAAAAGCCGGGCUCCGGGAAAAAGGGUGGCGAUCUGAGUGGGUCAAAGUUUGCUGUAUCGAAGCCCACCAGCUGCUAAAACGUUGUUUGUAAUGCGAUAAUAUUUUGUGUAUAUUUUAGUGUAUAUUUUCCGUUUUUUGCCAGUAUUUACAGUGCUCUUGCAUAAAAAUUUGUGUGAAUUGAUUACGGUAUUUUAUAUGUCUAAGUAUUUCUGUUUCAAGCAAUGCUGAAUGAUGUUCAUGUUUCGGUUGGUGAUAUUGUGUAAUUCUUUGUUUGAUUGGUUUCAGUUUUUAAAGACUGUUUGAUAUCCUUGCCCUUGAAAUGAAUAAAAUUUACUUACUGAA